AUGGCCGAUUCCAAGACUAAGCCACCAGUCAUCUGCGUCUUACACAACGAAAUGCUUGAGGAGUAUGUGAGAAUAAUGGCACCGAGCGCUGACAUGGAUAGCUGCGGAUCGUCGUCGGGCACUAACCCCGUUCACCUACAGGCAGCAAGAGACCUAGCUGCCGAACUUCACAAAAACAAUGCCCAGCUUGUUUACGGAGGUGGCACUUUCGGGCUGAUGGGUGAACUUGCCAAGACACUCGUCUCGCUCUCGGGACCCGACGCCGUUUACGGCUAUGUCCCUCAAGGAAUGGUGCAGCUGGAUAAGGGUCGCCAAGGGAGCAAAGUCAUAACGUCAAGUGUGACUGGCAAAAUCGAACGCGUCAUAGUGGAUGAGCAGACCAUGGAUCCGGAGUUUGGUCGAGUCCUGCUCGUCCCGGACCUUCACACUCGCAAGAAAGCAAUGGCGCAGAAAGUUCUUGAAGGCGGUCCAGGCUCGGGUUUCAUCGCCUUGGCUGGCGGGUUCGGUACUCUCGAGGAGGUGCUGGAAAUUGCCACGUGGUAUCAGAUGAAAAUACAUCGCCAAGGGGUUGUGUUGUUGAACAUUAACAACUACUGGGACCAUGUGGUCGCGUGGGUGAAGAAUUCCACCGAAGAAGGUUUUCUAUCUCGUGCGGGUGCUGGGAUUAUUAUGGACACCACCGACGUUCAAUCGGCCCUGGGACUUCUAAGAGACUUUGAGAAGAAUCCGCCUGCCUUUUAG